ACAGCCAAAUGGUGCGACAGGAGGAGCGGCAUCCGCGGCCGCAGCGCCCCGAACGUAGGAGCUUGAGGCGGAUUCUGGCGUCGCCCAGGGAGCGACUAGACCAACAUUCCGGUGUGGGCGGCGGUGGCGGCCGGCGGGCGGCGAGAGGAAGCCCGCUACGAGUGCCCUCGCUCCCCGCCGCUCUCGAUGAACCCGACGGAAUAAGCCGCGCCUCCAGCAGGGGCUGCGCCUCCAUGAAUCCCUAGUUGUUUUUUUUUUCUUUCUCUCCCCUCUCCUCACCCCCACUCCGAGCCCCGUCCCGCCUUCUCUCUUCGCCAGCGGCGGCCGCGUCCAGGUGUGGAGUCCAUACCGGAGCGCAAUGGCGUCCAACCCCGAACGGGGGUUGAUUCUGCUCACGGAACUGCAGGGGGAUUCCCGAAGUCUUCCGUUUUCUGAGAAUGUGAGUGCUGUUCAAAAAUUAGACUUUUCAGAUACAAUGGUGCAGCAGAAAUUGGAUGAUAUCAAGGAUCGAAUUAAGAGAGAAAUAAGGAAAGAACUGAAAAUCAAAGAAGGAGCUGAAAAUCUGAGGAAAGUCACAACAGAUAAAAAAAGUUUGGCUUAUGUAGACAACAUUUUGAAAAAAUCAAAUAAAAAAUUAGAAGAACUACAUCACAAGCUGCAGGAAUUAAAUGCACAUAUUGUUGUAUCAGAUCCAGAAGAUAUUACAGAUUGCCCAAGGACUCCAGAUACUCCAAAUAGUGACCCUCGUUGUUCUACUAGCAACAGUAGAUUGAAGGCUCUACAAAAACAAUUGGAUAUAGAACUUAAAGUAAAACAAGGUGCAGAGAAUAUGAUACAGAUGUAUUCAAAUGGAUCUUCAAAGGAUCGGAAACUCCAUGGUACAGCUCAGCAACUGCUCCAGGACAGCAAGACAAAAAUAGAAGUCAUACGAAUGCAGAUUCUUCAGGCAGUCCAGACUAAUGAAUUGGCUUUUGAUAAUGCAAAACCUGUGAUAAGUCCUCUUGAACUUCGGAUGGAAGAAUUAAGGCAUCAUUUUAGGAUAGAGUUUGCAGUAGCAGAAGGUGCAAAGAAUGUAAUGAAAUUACUUGGCUCAGGAAAAGUAACAGACAGGAAAGCACUUUCAGAAGCUCAAGCAAGAUUUAAUGAAUCAAGUCAGAAGUUGGACCUUUUAAAGUAUUCAUUAGAGCAAAGAUUAAAUGAACUCCCCAAGAAUCAUCCGAAAAGCAGUAUUAUUAUUGAAGAACUUUCACUUGUUGCUGCAUCACCAACACUAAGUCCACGUCAAAGUAUGAUAUCUACACAAAAUCAAUAUAGUACACUAUCCAAACCAGCAGCCUUAACAGGUAGUUUGGAAGUUCGUCUCAUGGGCUGCCAAGAUAUCCUAGAAAAUGUCCCUGGACGGUCAAAAGCAACAUCAGUUGCACUGCCUGGUUGGAGUCCAAGUGAAACCAGAUCAUCUUUCAUGAGCAGAACGAGUAAAAGUAAAAGUGGAAGUAGUCGAAAUCUUCUAAAAACCGAUGACUUGUCCAAUGAUGUCUGUGCUGUUUUGAAGCUCGAUAAUACUGUGGUUGGCCAAACUAGCUGGAAACCCAUUUCCAAUCAGUCAUGGGACCAGAAGUUUACACUGGAACUGGACAGGUCACGUGAACUGGAAAUUUCAGUUUAUUGGCGUGAUUGGCGGUCUCUGUGUGCUGUAAAAUUUCUGAGGUUAGAAGAUUUUUUAGACAACCAACGGCAUGGCAUGUGUCUCUAUUUGGAACCACAGGGUACUUUAUUUGCAGAGGUUACCUUUUUUAAUCCAGUUAUCGAAAGAAGACCAAAACUUCAAAGACAAAAGAAAAUUUUUUCAAAGCAACAAGGCAAAACAUUUCUCAGAGCUCCUCAAAUGAAUAUUAAUAUUGCCACUUGGGGAAGGCUAGUAAGAAGAGCUAUUCCUACAGUAAAUCAUUCUGGCACCUUCAGCCCUCAAGCUCCUGUGCCUACUACAGUGCCAGUGGUUGAUGUACGCAUCCCUGAACUAGCACCUCCAGCUAGUGAUUCUACAGUAACCAAAUUGGACUUUGAUCUUGAGCCUGAACCUCCUCCAGCCCCACCACGAGUUUCUUCCCUUGGAGAAAUAGAUGAAUCUUCUGAAUUAAGAGUUUUGGAUACACCAGGACAGGAUUCAGAGACUGCUUUUGAUAUUGAGAAUGACAGAAAUAGUAUACUUCCAAAAUCUCAAUCUGAAUACAAGCCUGAUACUCCUCAGUCAGGCCUAGAAUAUAGUGGUAUUCAAGAACUUGAGGAUAGAAGUUCUCAGCAAAGGUUUCAGUUUAAUCUACAAGAUUUCAGGUGUUGUGCUGUCUUGGGAAGAGGACAUUUUGGAAAGGUGCUUUUAGCUGAAUAUAAACACACAAAUGAGAUGUUUGCUAUAAAAGCCUUAAAGAAAGGAGAUAUUGUGGCUCGAGAUGAAGUAGACAGCCUGAUGUGUGAAAAAAGAAUUUUUGAAACUGUGAAUAGUGUAAGGCAUCCCUUUUUGGUGAACCUUUUUGCAUGUUUCCAAACCAAAGAGCAUGUUUGCUUUGUAAUGGAAUAUGCUGCCGGUGGGGACCUAAUGAUGCACAUUCAUACUGAUGUCUUUUCUGAACCAAGAGCUGUAUUUUAUGCUGCUUGUGUAGUUCUUGGGUUGCAGUAUUUACAUGAACACAAAAUUGUUUAUAGAGAUUUGAAAUUGGAUAACUUAUUGCUAGAUACAGAGGGCUUUGUGAAAAUUGCUGAUUUUGGUCUUUGCAAAGAAGGAAUGGGAUAUGGAGAUAGAACAAGCACAUUUUGUGGCACUCCUGAAUUUCUUGCCCCAGAAGUAUUAACAGAAACUUCUUAUACAAGGGCUGUAGAUUGGUGGGGCCUUGGCGUGCUUAUAUAUGAAAUGCUUGUUGGUGAGUCUCCCUUUCCUGGUGAUGAUGAAGAGGAAGUUUUUGACAGUAUUGUAAAUGAUGAAGUAAGGUAUCCAAGGUUCUUAUCUACAGAAGCCAUUUCUAUAAUGAGAAGGCUGUUAAGAAGAAAUCCUGAGCGGCGCCUUGGGGCUAGCGAGAAAGAUGCAGAGGAUGUAAAAAAGCACCCAUUUUUCCGGCUAAUUGAUUGGAGCGCUUUGAUGGACAAAAAAGUAAAGCCACCAUUUAUACCUACCAUAAGAGGACGAGAAGAUGUUAGUAAUUUUGAUGAUGAAUUUACCUCAGAAGCACCUAUUCUGACUCCACCUCGAGAACCAAGGAUACUUUCGGAAGAGGAGCAGGAAAUGUUCAGAGAUUUUGACUACAUUGCUGAUUGGUGUUAAGUUGCUAGACACUGCGAAACCAAGCUGACUGACUCACAAGAAGACCUCUUAAAAAUAUCAACCCUUCAUUUGCUCUCUGUGCCACCAAUAGCUUCUGAGUUUUGUUUUGUGUUUUUUUUUUAUUUUAAUUGAAACGUGAAGAUUUGUUUAAAAGUACCAUUCUAAUACUUCUUCAAAAGUGGCUUCUCAUUGUACUUCAGCGUAAAUAUGAGCACUGGAAACAGUUUCAUGGAGUUUAAGUUGAGUGAACAUCAGCCAUGAAAAUCCAUCACAAAUACUUUUGGAUCAAAUAGUCUAUUUUAAAAAAGAGAGAAAAAAACCACUUUUUUAUAGUCCCUAGCUUUGCCAUAUGCCCGCCUUAAGUGGAAGGAAAAUUAAUCACUUAACUAUGUUUUACAAAAAGAAAAAAAGGGCUUGGAAUGCUAUUACUGUUCACACAAAGUACGAUUCUGUUUGAAUAAGGCAAAUGCUCCUUUUUUUUAAAAAAAAGACAUUACUGUAAUAUUAAAAAACAUGGCAGUUUGUAUACAAUUUGGGGCUUGAUUUUUUUUAAAAAAACAGAAUGAAUUGAUGUCUUAUUUUAUAAAUGUUCUAUAUUUAUUAGGAGAAAACUUUAUAUUGCCUUUUUUAUCAACCAUGUAACAGAGGCUUAUAGCUUUCCAACAGAGCUGCUUGCCAAACAAUUUUUUUGUUUAUUAAACAGUGCUGAAACAAACAAGAUCAGCAUUUACUCAAGAUGUUAAGAAUGAGGACUUUUAAUCAGCUGAACCAAGAUAUUGUUACCUGUAUGCAUUCCCAAAGUCUAGAUGCUCAGUAUGUUCAGUCAUAUCUUCAGAAUCAGUGAACCGAUUACCCCUUUUUUGAUAUUCACUCUACAUCUGCCAACCUAGUUCACCUUGGUUUUGUGUCUGCUGUAGAAGGGAACUAUAACUUGGUUAAACCGUAGGGAUUAUCAUUGUAUACAUGCUGUGAACAUGUAUAUGUGCAAGUUUUAAUGUAUUCUAUGUUGUAGGCUUAUUAUUUAAUUUUACCACUUCAUCACUUUUGUACAGUGGCCAAGCAGACACCUCAAACUCCAGCAUUUACAUUAAGUGCAUUUGUACAUUUUAGGCCACUGGAUCCAGAUUUUAUAUUGGCAGUUAUUGAGGGCAAAAGCAAUAUAUUGUAACAGAAUGUAUAAAUAUUUUUGAUAAAACAGUCUAUAUUUUAUAAAAAAAUGAAUUAUAACACUAAAGCUGUACCUCAAAAGUCUCAAAAAUAAUUUGAUGAAAUAUUUUAUACAACUCUUCAAAGGAUCCGUCUGUGGCUUUUUAUACUCUUCUAGGGUUGUCUUUUUGCAAACCAUGACUUUCCACUUGCCUGUAGUUUUUUGUUUGUUUUGGUUUGGUUUGAUUUUAUAUUUUUUUCUCCUAAUCUAUUACUUUAUUGUUUUUUCUUAGUUUAGUAAUAGCAUCUUUGAUCCUGUGCUUAGCAUGUUAGGGUCAUUAUACCUCAGGAACAGCAAGCUGUUAAGUACCCAUACUGAAUUAACUAUUUAAUCACAGUAAUCUUAUCACCUAUUCAAAGUACAACCAAGAUCCAGGCAGUGAAGAAGAAAAAACAAACAAAAAAAAAAACAAAAAACAACAAACCCAUGCCUACCAAAACAACAACAACAACAAAAGAACUAUAAGAAGUGACAAUAGGUAUGUAUCUAUUACAGAGGGAAUACACCAUAUACUCUUUCUGAAAUCUUUAAAUUUUAUAGACCCUUAUAAAAAACUUGUCUAUCUCAUAUAUGAUAUGACUUUUCAUUUAAUUUCAUUCCACUCUAUUCCAUUUUAUUUCAUUCACUCAGUGGAAUGGAAUGGAAAACUGAAGAUUGGAAACUCAAUUUUAAGGUGUAAAUUUUACACCUUAAAAAUUGUUCAGGUGUAAAUCUUAUGAGAAACAUGAAAAAGCACGCUGAUUUAUGGAGAGUUGAGCUAAAAACAUUUAUAAAUAUUUGCUGGGAUGUUUUAGCAUCUUUUCAUUGUACUCUGAGAACAAUUAAAAUUGUCCAGAGAUCAUUUAUAUUACCUUCCAAAUUGUUUAUUACCCAAGAUCCUUUGGGAGAAAAUCUUAUAGAAAGGGGGAACAAUAUGUGGUUUAAAGUUAUUUUAAAAUGCCAGUUAAUUUCCUUGGCAAAGGACAAUAGAGGAACUUAGCCUAAUUGUCUGGCUUUAAUUUAAACAGUGUUAAUACAACAUUAAAAUAAAACACUAAAUACUUUUGAGGUACAGUCUGCUCACUUUUUCGGUUCUCAAACAGCAAAGAAAGUAAUGUCUAAAAUAGGCUUUUAGCAUUAAAAACUGACAGCAUUUUGUAACUACACAGUGUACAGAAUUUUUUUUAAUUGAAGUCAAAUCACUAAAAAAAUUAGAAGGCAGGGUCUAUUUACACAAUUAAGCUGAAAGCACUAAUUUUUUGUAGUUUAAAAUAUAUAUAUAUUUUAGUCAGAUUUAAAAUUUUAAGCUUUAUAGAGUGUAAAUAUAUUUUGCUAUUACUGUAUGUGUAUGUGACUGCUCAAGCACUUUGUAAAGAAAUUUGGAUAUUUUAGAAUGGUACACUAUGCAUUCAAAUGAAAUGUGCCUUUCACUAUGUCAUUCUAAAAAACAAGUGUUUUUUGCAGUCAUAAAUUAUCACAAAUGCACAAAUUAAAGUCUAUAUAGAUUGAAAUUUGUAACUUUGGUUUUAUGUAUUCUUUCCUUUUAUAAACUUCCUAAUGAUUAAAAUACACUUUAACUUUUCUGUGUUCAAAAUCUCAAAGACUAAACAUUCUUGCAAGUA